AUGCCAUUGACAAUCCACCACCUAGGCCGCUCCCAAUCCGAGCGCAUCGUCUGGCUCGCUGAAGAGCUUGGUAUCAAGUACGACUAUGUUUUCCACAAGCGCGAUCCCAUCUUCGCCCCUCAAUCUAUCAAAGACCUACACCCCUCCGGAACCGCCCCAGUCAUCGAAGACGACAGCUCACCAUUCUCCAAAAAGAAGGUCGUGCUUGCUGAAUCGGGCGCCAUCAUCGACUACAUUAUUGCUGCAUACGGCGAGGGCCGUCUGUCCCGCACCCCCAAAGAUGGACAAGAGUACGUCGAUUUCUUGGAGUGGUAUCACUGGGCCAAUGCCUCCCUUCAGCCCGCUCUAUUCCGCGUGCUCAUGACCCGGCGCUUGAGCAACGACCCCGAGGCGGUGCACGUCAAAGUGGGCACUGCAAAGCUGGAGAAUGCCCUUGGGAUGAUUGAAAAUCGCCUCGGUGAAACUGGAUCCUAUCUCGCCGGAAAUGACGUCACUGCCGCGGACAUCAUGGCGAUCUGCACGCUGACUACCAUGAGAGGCUUCUGUCCGAUCGAUUUCGAUGAGCAGAAGCACAAGAACAUUCUCGCUUAUCUGAAGCGUGUUGGUGACCGUCCUGCUUAUCAGCGGGCCAUGAAAAUCUGUGAGGGCGAGGACUUUGUGCCAAUUUUGGGCGCGAAGGCUCAGCAGUUCAAUUUCCCCUAUUAG